AUGAACCAGAGCCGGCCCAGGGUGGAAGUGGACCCCUUAGCUAUCAGGGGCCCCUGUGAGACAGAAAAUGAACCAUCCUAUGUCAUCCUAUGUUUUUUCUAUCAAACUAAUCGAAUAUGUUGAUUUAAAGAGACUUUUUUAUUGAACUCUUACUCAUUUUAACAAUCGUGUUUACAUAAUAUAUUAGUGUGAUGAUCACAGUGUAUUUAUAAGAGAGUCUGGGGGCUGUAACUCAUUCUGGGCUCAUCAGAUCCUGUUUGAGGCUCCAACAAGGUUUCUGUCAGUCCUGAAUAUUUGUGUCAUGUUAUUGAGAGGAAUGAGAACUAAAGCUUGUUGUCCUAACUGAGCAUGUUGUAUUUGUGUGAAGGUGAGGGCUCUGCUAUGAAUCAGUGUGAGGACAGAGAGGAGGGAGCCCCUCCCUCAAAAACCACUCUGUUGGGGGGACAUGACAGCCGGACCAAAGCUCAGAGGUGAGAUGAGGAUCUCUAACUGUCUAUGACUCUUCUCCAUGUCAGAGCUCAGCACUCACAUCACCAAAACCACCACUAUUAUUCACAAUAAAACCACUGUCUGUCUGCCUGUCAAAGACUAGAACAACAAAAUGAACCAGACUCUGCUGGACCUGGACCUGCUCCCACUUGCCUGUCCUUCAAGAGUGACUGGUCUAUGGGUCGAUUAAUUGAUUUCAAAGAUGGAGAGAUUCAUGAUGAGAAAAGGUGAGACUUUCAAACUGAACUGUCUUUUGAUUUGUGUGACACUUUUCAUCCUAACUGUGGUCAGCAUUGUCUCUGUGAAGGUGGGGAUAUUUCGGCGUUUGUGUUUCUAUCAGGAUCCAACAGCAGUAAACAGGAUCUGAGCCAGAAAGAACUGGACUCUGCAUGUAUCCUCGGGAUCCAGCAGUGUUUCUACCAGGAUCCACUAGACAGACUCUAUCACAUCUAACACUGUGUCUGUUUACAUUACCUACACUACAUAAGAUUCUGUUUGUUCCACAGAGUUCAGCGGCAGAGAUCAGAGGUUCCCAUUGGGCAGUCUGUCCAGCAGCAUCAAACACAGCUGGACUCCAUAUUUAUGGUGUGUAAACGUGCAAACACAGCUCCUACCGAUAACCAGAGCACUCAGUAUAUUUGGAGGUUUCUGGGUUUUCCCAGUGGAAACCCCAUCUUCGCCUGAAUUAUGUUCAGACACACUCACAGUUUGACUUAUUGAAUAAAGCCGCACAAUUCAGACCUGCACAAAGUCAGAGGUCUCACACAGACUCAGAUUUCGGCAGAGUUCACAAACUGAGUCCAAUUUAAGGUUUAAAGAACAGGAAGAUGUUGGUUCAUGUCAGGAACCACGUUUACAUGUGCAAAAUUUCUUGAUCCGAUUAAAAAUUUGAGGGAUCGGAUAAUCCGAAUCCACUGUUUAUAUGUGUGCAAAAUCAAGUAUUUGGAUAUGUGCAGAGUUGUCUGAUUUUGCUCAAACAACCGCAGAAGAACAGUUGUAUUUACGCCUGUGCUGUCAACAAACCAACAAACGCGGUCGUAGCUCACUCUAUCCAAUUCAGGAGUUUUCCCCCUGUUAAAUGUUGUCACUAGAUGGCGCUCUUGCGUACUUACUUUACUGUGGCUGUCGGCUCAAUAGGGGCCCAGCACUUCUAGCCAAUCAGAGGAGAAGAAGGGCAAAACCUUCCCCUUACCAUCCUACAAGAAAAAAACAACGCUUACCGUAGGAGCAGACACGCACCUGCGGGGGUGUUUGAUGCCAGAGUGUUAAUAAUGAAACCUCCUGUACUGGCCUCGAUAAAUAACCCCGCAGCUAAAGAGUGAAGAUCAAGUCAGGUAAGAGAGUCACGAUCGGAAUAAGUGUUUACAUGGACGCGUUUUGGAAUAACGAUCGGCAUAAACCACCCCCCUCGAUCGGAAUACAAUUUCUUUCCGAUUGAGCCGAAGUGGAUCAGAAUCUUCCGAUCGACAUGUUUGUCAGGCGUUUAUUCCGAUUAUCUGUGCCCAUGUUAAUGCAGCUAAUAACAGCUGCAGCAUUUAGCCCCAUUCUAAUAAAAACAUAUGGUCGAAAGUCACUGCAGACUUUCUCUCUGUGAAACCACAUCAUUUAAGUUUAUAGAAACUUGAUGUGUAGAAGAAAGGACCAUCAUCAAAGUAAAUCGUGAAGCAGCAUUGUGAUCCAGUCUCCAUGCUGCACUCUGCAGACCAGCAGGCUCUCUGUCUGUCACAAGUGAUCUGUUGUUCAGUUCUACAAGCUCAAGUUCUCAUGUUGUUCUGUUCCAGCUGCUUCAGGAGAACAUGAUCAGCUUUGUAAAGGAGCAGCUAAAGGAGAUCCAGAGGGCUCUGAGUCCAGAUGACCCAGAAUGCCUGGAGAGUCAGAGGGAGGAUGAGGAUGAGGAUGAGGAUGAGGAUCAGAGGAGGAGCAAGGAGGAAUUUCUGAAGAUCACUGUGCACUUCCUGAAGAGAAUGAAGCAGGAGGAGCUGGCUGACUAUCUGCAGAGCAGUAAGAGGAUUUGAACAUGAUGUUCAUAUGAUACAUAUGUUUGCAUCACAUCUAUGAACUGAGAGAAACCGAUCACAGCUGAUGAGCUGACGAGAUGUCAGAGAGGAGGGGAAUCAAAUCCAUCCUGAUGUCUUCAAGUUGAAAUUCAUUAGACUGAUUGCAGCUUCAGAUUAUUCAUCACAUUUCUUUUUGUUCAUUCAGGAUCUGCUGCUGCAGAAUGCCAACACAAACUCAAGUCCAACCUGAAGGAGAAGUUCCAGUGUGUGUUUGAGGGGAUUGCUAAAGCGGGAAACCCAACCCUUCUGAACCAGAUCUACACAGACCUCAACAUCACAGAGGGAGGGACUGGAGAGGUCAACAACGAACAUGAGGUCAGACAGAUUGAAACAGCAUCCAGGAAAGCAGAGCGACCAGAAACAACCAUCAGACAAGAAGACAUCUUCAAAGGCUCACCUGGAAGACAGGAACCAAUCAGGACAAUGAUGACAAAGGGAGUGGCUGGCAUUGGGAAAACCGUCCUUACACAGAAGUGGACUCUGGACUGGGCUGAAGACAAAGCCAACCAGGACUUCCACUUCAUAUUUCCAUUCACUUUCAGAGAGCUGAAUCUGCUGAAAGAGAAGAAGCUCAGCUUGGUGGGACUUGUUCAUCACUUCUUCACUCAAACCAAAGAAGCAGGACUCUGCAGCUUUGAACAUGUCCAGGUUGCGUUCAUCUUUGAUGGUCUGGAUGAGUGUGGACUUCCUCUGGACUUUGACAACAAUCAGGUCCUGACUGAUGUUACAGAGUCCAGCUCAGUGGAUGUGCUGCUUACAAACCUCAUCAGAGGGAACCUCCUUCCGUCUGCUCACCUCUGGAUAACCACAAGACCUGCAGCAGCCAAUCAGAUCCCUCCUGAGUGUGUUGACAUGGUGACAGAGGUCAGAGGGUUCACUGACUCUCAGAAGGAGGAGUACUUCAGGAAGAGAUUCAGAGAUGAGGAGCAGGCCAGCACAAUCAUCUCCCACAUCAAGACAUCCAGAAGCCUCCACAUCAUGUGCCACAUCCCGGUCUUCUGCUGGAUCACAGCAACAGUUCUGGAGGAUGUGCUGAAGAACAGAAAGGGAGGAAAGCUUCCCAAAACCCUGACUGAGAUGUACAUCCACUUCCUGGUGGUUCAGUCCAAAGUGAAGAACACCAAGUAUGAUGGAGGAGCUCAGACUGAUCCACACUGGAGUCUAAGUAGCAGAAGGAUGAUUAAGUCUCUGGGAAAACUGGCUUUUGAGCAGCUGCAGAGAGGAAACCUGAUCUUCUAUGAAUCAGACCUGAUACAGUGUGGCGUGGAUAUCAGAGCCGCCUCAGUGUACUCAGGAGUCUUCACACAGAUCUUUAGAGAGGAGAGAGGACUGUACCAGGACAAGGUGUUCUGCUUCAUCCAUCUGAGUGUUCAAGAGUUUCUGGCUGCUCUUCAUGUCCACCUGACCUUCACCAACUCUGGAGUCAACCUGAUGGAAGAAGAACAAACAAAGUCCUCAAUCUCUAAAAUCUUCAGAGUCAGACAAAAUCUGAAACACCUCCAUCAGAGUGCUGUAGACCAGGCCUUACAGAGUCUGAAUGGACACCUGGAUUUAUUUCUACGUUUCCUCCUGGGUCUUUCACUGCAAACCAACCAGAAUCUCCUGAGAGGUCUGCUGACACACACAAGAAGAAUCUCACGGAACAAUCAGAAAACUGUCCAGUACAUCAAGAAGAAGCUCAGUGAGGAUCUGUCUGCAGAGAAAAGCAUCAAUCAGUUUCACUGUCUGAAUGAACUAAAUGAUGGUUCUCUAGUGGAGGAGAUCCAAGAGUCCCUGAGAUCAGGACACUUCUCCACAGACAAACUGUCAUCUGCUCAGUGGUCAGCUCUGGUCUUCAUCUUGCUGUCAUCAGGAAAAGAUCUGGAUGUGUUUGACCUGAAGAAAUACUCUUCUUCAGAGGAGGCUCUUCUGAGGCUGCUGCCAGUGGUCAAAGCCUCCAACGAAGCUCUGUAGGUGGAAACACGAGAGACUAACACAUUAUUGUUGACAGAUGAAACAUUGUGUCCGUGCUAAUCACUGAUUUUUCUUCAGGUUAAGAGGAUGUAACCUGUCAGAGAGAAGCUGUGAAGCUCUGUCCUCAGUCCUCAGCUCCCAGUCCUCCAGUCUGAGAGAGCUGGACCUGAGUAACAACGACCUGCAGGAUUCAGGAGUGAAGCCGCUCUCUGCUGGACUGAAGAGUCCUCACUGCAAACUGGAAACUCUCAGGUCUGUAGACCUUAAAAAUCAACGUUUUUAGAAUUAUGGAAGAUGAAUUAUCUGAACAAACAUUUAUUAGUUGGGACAACUUUCAAGGUGUGAACAUUUAGUUUCUAAGACUUAAAUUUUAAUGUUUUAUCAAUCAAUGAUAUAUGGAUGAUAAAAGGGAAUAUUUGUUGGCUCAACUUUUCUCAAAAUUAAAAAAAGUUGAUUUGGUGUCAACACUAAAAAAUCUAGUGCAGUAAAUUGCCUUGAAAUUUUGAGUUUUCAAAGUUUUUUUUAUUUUUACAGUGUAUAAAGUUGACCAUACAACCUUAUUCUGUUAGAGUUCAUAACCAAAUGAAUGAACACAAGAAUUAUUUAAACAAAGAGAUCUUAACAGCACUUUUUUAAUUUAUAAGUCUGGUCAAGUCAAAAAAGGUGACUAAGUCUGCUAGAUUUUGUUCGGGUGUUUAAUUAAAAGUGAUAAGAUAGAAAUGUAAAAAAAUCAAGAAGCAAAAUCAUUCAUGACAUUUUCAUUAACAAUAAACUAAAAUAGCAGCUUUAUUAGAAUAUUUUUUUGUCUGUUAUAUCUUUCUAGAUUGAUUGGAUGUAACCUGUCAGAGAGAGGCUGUGAAGCUCUGUCUUCAGUCCUCAGCUCCCAGUCCUCCAGUCUGAGAGAGCUGGACCUGAGUAACAACGACCUGCAGGAUUCAGGAGUGAAGCCGCUUUCUGCUGGACUGAAGAGUCCUCACUGCAAACUGGAAACUCUCAGGUCAGUGUGGGCUAAAAUGAGGAAUUUUGCUCUUUAAGGACCCAAUGAAAACUCAUUGGCACAUUAAUUGAAAAAUCAGAAAAAAUCAUCAUCUAAAUGGUUAAAGUCAAUCAGUCUUUUGAAGGUUGGCUGUUUCAUGCCAAGAGAUAGAAACACUUAUAUUGAAGAUAAAAAUGGCCUUUUGAAUAACAUUGAAACUUUGACUUAUCUUGAGAAAUGAAAACAUUUUUCAAUGUAGUCAUAUCUGUCUAGAUUUAUUGGCUGUAACCUGUCAGAGAGAGGCUGUGAAGCUCUGUCUUCAGUCCUCAGCUCUCAGUCCUCCUGUCUGAGAGAGCUGGACCUGAGUAACAACGACCUGCAGGAUUCAGGAGCGAAACUGCUUUCUGCUGGACUGAAGAGUCCUCACUGUAAACUGAAAACUCUCAGGUCAGUGCGGGGUUUCUCGCUGAUUAAGCUCUGUGGUUGUAAGAAUGAAACUGUUAAAAUUGGUACACUUCUCCUUGUUUCAUAUCUUUUUCCUGACUCCAGGCUGUCAGGCUGUCUGAUCACAGAAGAAGGUUUUGCUUCUCUGGCUUCAGCUCUGAACUCAAACCCUUCACACCUGAGAGAGCUGGACCUGAGCUACAAUCAUCCGGGAGACACAGGAUUAAAACUGCUUUCUGGACUGAAGAAUCCUCUAUGGAGACCGGAUACACUGAGGUACAACCAUACAGUUAGUGGGUCACAGAAAUCUACACACACUGUCUGAGGGCUAAGUAAAAGUGACAGAGUGAUGGAGACUGAUAGCUCAGAUGAGUUUCAGCCUGUUUCUCUGUCACAACGUAGGAACUCUGCUUCAUGUUGAACAGCAGAGGAAGUCAUUCUGACUGUGUUUCUUCCUCCAGGGUGGACCAUGGUGGAGAGCAGAGGUUAAAACCUGGUCUGAAGAAGUGUAAGUGUGGAAUCAGUUUGCCUCAUGAUGACCAAACAACAGACUGUCAGCUAACAAAGAAGAAAGACUUCGUGUGUGUAUGA